AUGUUUCCUUUACGAUCAGGACCUAUACUUUUAUUACCUGUCGUUCAACCUCAUCUUCGAUUUUUUUCUCCACAAAUUCCAUUGAAUUCAAAUGCUUUAUUAUCAACAUCAUCAUCUUUACCAAAAUCAUUUCCUAUUCCAAUGGAAAGUCGAGAUGAUUUCUUUUGUGUUGAUCCAAAAUCACUUAGUAUUGAACAACUCAAUAAAUAUAAAAACGAAAUACUUCAAUUAAUUGAUAUAGAAAAAAAUAAUUUUGAAAGAAUUAAAAACGAUUCAAAUGCACGUAUUAAUGCUUAUAAUCAAGGAAUAUUAUUAGCAAAAGAAAGACCUAUCGGUUGUGUUGAUCCGAAAACUUUAACAAUCACUCAAUUACAACUUUAUAUCGAAGGAAUCACUGAAGAAAUAACUUAUGAAAAAAAACUUACAGAUGAAUUUAAAAAAGAAGCUACAUCACGUAUUGAAGCAUAUCAAAAUGGUAUUCAACGUGCGAAUUACGGUUAA